CACCGAGCGCACCAGAGAAAUAUCACGCAACAAGCAACCAAGACAGUCCAUUGUUGGCUUUGCGGCGUCGGGACACUGGUAACCCAGCCACUCGGGAAUCCACUGGAAUUGUCUCCUGACAUUUCUUCUCUUUAAAAGAGGCAAUCCGUCUUCUCUUUACUUCGCUUAACCGAUAUCGCCUUCUUUGCACGUCACCACCAUGCGUUCCUUCUGCCAGGUUGCCGUCAUGGCACUUCCCUUGUUUAGCGCGAUUGCAGCUACGGAGCCCAAGAAUGUUGCAGACCCCCCAAAGACCAUCUAUGCAACCGCACAGGAAGCUUUCCAGGACUUGCUGAAUGCGCUGCCGGAAGAAUCCCUGCAAGCAGCACUGAGUAAUCUCAAGGACUUCAAGAAUGGCAUCUUCGAGUCGCACCAUCGGGGGGUCGAAAAUAUCCACAGCAACAACCCAGCGCUUGCUUCCAAGCUUAUCGUCGAUGCUGUCAAUGACUUGCGCAAGAGGCAGACGCCUUCAAACGGCACCAAUAGCGCCACUACCGCUAGCAACCCACCCGAGUCAAUCCAGAACUCCACUCCAGCGCCAACAACGAGCGACAACUUACAGCCUCCUGAAACCAGCUCUGCUGCGCCACCACCACCACCGCCGCCCGGAACCAGUGAGGCCUCCGCCGAUACUGUGAUUCAGACGCAAACCCAAACGCAAACCCAGACGCAGACCCAGACGCAGACCCAAGAUCAAACUCAGACACAGACACAGACACAGACCCAGCAGCAAACCACAACAGCCGUUUCAACCACGACUCAACUGCGACCCGCCAUUAUUCCAGUCGAAUCCACGGUAACCAAGGAUGGCAAGACGAUUGUGCAGACCACCGCGGUCCUUAGCGAAGUCACCGCCUCCGUCGCCGUGACUGUUGUGCGCACCAAUCCAGCAGGCAGCACAGUAACUGAGACUGAGAACCGACCUGCCGUCGUCAAGACAACCACGGACCGAGCCGGCCGUACAACCGUCACCACUUCGGCGGUGAACUUUGCGCCAACAGCGGGCCAAGUAACGUCGACAACUGACUCACGCGGCUCUGUUGUCCUGACUACACUCACACCCGGUGGCGGUCUGGUCAGCAGCAUCAAGCUGAUUACCACGACUGAUGCACAGGGCCGCCAGAGCACAAUGACGACGUAUGCCUUUGUCGACCCGGUGCAAGCCACUGGUGCUGCCAAUAGCCCCAAUGCCCCCGGAGACGACAAGCCUUCGCUGCAAACUGGAGCUGCUGUCGUCAAUGGAGCCCAAUACGCUGCUGUUGGUCUCGGUGCCCUGGCCUUUUUCUUCUAAAAGCGGAAAAGAAAACAGCUACAAUAAAAAAGUUUCGAUCGAUAGCAAAAAACACAUGGGGCUGC